GCGGUGAUGGCACCGGGGCUUUGUGAUCUAUGAUCGCCGUUUGCAACGUCUCACGGGGUGUCAGUGGGUACAAAAGACGCUCUCUUAGCCUCCCCAUGCUCUCUCCUUCCCUACAUCUGAACUAUGGCCGAUGGCGGCGGUGACAUCUGCGCUUCAAUAUGUUGUGGUCUUUGCUGCAUGGCUGGAAGCUCGGCUCUCAGCAACUGGUGUAUGCUCAAAAGCUAUGGCAGUGGUUCAGGCACCUCCACUGGAUGUUGCGGGUCGUGCUGCGACAAGUCUUUCAACGAUGAUUCGUUCGAUGAGCAAGUGAGGAAGGAUAUGGAGGCAACGCGCGAUCCUAAUGCACCCUCCCUGACUGAGCAAAUGCAGCCUGUGCAGAAAAUGACGGCUGCGAAUCCGGAAGAGGCUAUGUUGAAAGACUCAUAGUACUUCCUGUCGUGUAGUUUCGAAUGUCGUCAUUCCUGCAUUCACUUCUCUGUCCUCAAGGAUCUGAUAUUCUGACCGGGAACCUGAGUCACAACGUUUUGUUCUUGAGCUCUGCGGCAACGUCGCACAGAGGUUGUGGAAAAGAGCCUGUCGCA